AUGGAUCAAUUUCUGUAUUCCUGUACAAUUGAUGCUGAGCCUCUUCAUCGCUAUGCGAAAGGAGGCUACCAUCCAGUUACAUUGGGAGGCUUUCUCGCCGACAGGAGAUACAAGAUACUGCAUAAGCUAGGAUGGGGAGGUUACUCAACUGUCUGGGCUGCAAGAGAUGAAAGGUCGUACAAAUUAGAAGGCACUUACGUUGCAGUCAAGAUCCACAUUGCCGAGGAAGACAACAAUAGGGAGCAUCAUGAGCUGAAUGUUAUGAAGAAACUAGCAUCAAUACAUCCCCAUUCUCCACACGUCAUGCACGUGGUUGAUGACUUUGAUUUAGAGGGACCUAACGGAACACAUCGCUGCUUGGUAUUUGAGCUCUUAGUGCCUAGUGUUCCUGACAUGAUAGAUGCACGCUUUUCUGAUGGGAGACUUCCUGGAAAACUCGCUAAGACCAUUGCAAAACAGGUUGUUUCUGGACUUGAAUUUCUGCACCAAGAGAAAAUUGGACAUGGAGACCUUCAUACUCGCAAUCUGGCUUUCACCAUACUGUCCAUGGACAAUGUACCUGAUAAGGAAUUCAUCAAGACAUUAGGAAAGCCAGAAAUUGGACAUGUCCACAGGAGUGACGGUAAAGCUCUAGAACCUGGUAUACCAGAAUACAUUGUCAGACCUGCUGGGACGCAUUUGUGGCCGUUGUCAAAUAUCAUCAAGAUUGUCGACUUUGGGGAAUCAUUCUUGCAGCAAACCGUCCCGCAAACGCUUCACACACCGCUAACAGUUCGGGCACCUGAAGUUAUAUUUGGAGACCAUCUGGAUUAUCGUGUGGAUUUGUGGAGCCUGGGAUGUCUGCUUUUUGAACUCUUUGUUGGCCAACCGCCCUUUGAUAGCUUCUUAAUAACGCCCACCAUCCUCGUGGACCAAAUGCAAGAGAUGACAAGUGAAGCACUACCUGAAAGAUGGCUAGGCUUAUGGGAAGCAAUGGGCGGCAGAGUUGGUGCAGAAAGCUCAGGACCUGGAUUGCAAGAAUGGCUGGGGGAUAUGUAUUUUGAUGGUGAGCGAAGAGAAGACUUGACAGGUGAGGAUAUUGCCAAGCUGGGCCAAAUAAUUCAAAAAUUGCUACGGUUCGAGCCGUCUGCCAGGGCUUCAGCGAGUGAAAUUCUAAAUGAUCCUUGGUUUAGAGACUGA